AACACCAAAACAGUUGAUUGUAGGAUGGCGACAUGUGAAUACUUAUCUGAAAUUUGUCCGCGUUUAACGUAAUGUAUUUAAUUAUAAAUUGCUUUUUAUUUUAUAUUUAUAAUGUCUGUCGAAAAUAAAAGUGAUACAAAAUCUAAUAAAGAUGAAAAGUGCGUCCUAAACAAAAAAUUGUAUUCGGCAACCAUCCGUUUAACCGUUUCUCUACGCGAACCUGACGAAGAAUCUUGCUCAGUAUUCAAUUAUAUUUCUCUCGUCGCCGAAGAGAAACGCAAUCGAAGACAUGCGAAAGAGAAAUUAGCUUUGAAUGGCAAUCUCGAUGAAAACGAGGAAGUAGACGAUGAAGUGAAAAAAUUAGCGCAGCAUUUUGAAGAAAAAUAUGGUGGUGGUACUGCGGCGAAGAAGAAAAAGAAGAAAAAAGCCCCCACAUUCUACAAUUACACUGAAUUAGCGGCUGGAUACGACGAAAGUGAUUCAUUUAUCGAUAAUUCGGAGGCUUUUGAUGAAGCUUUACCAGACGAAAUGAAAACUUUUCAUGGUGGUUACUACGUCAAUGUUGGCCAAUUAAAAUUUAAGAAAGUAGAAUUAGGAGAUGAUAAUUCUGAAUUCGAAGAAAUUCGAGUUGGUAAAAAGAAAAGUUGCGUUAUAAAAAGCGACGAUUCGGAUAGCGAAGACGAUUCUAGUAAAUCUGAUAUCGAAAAAUCUGAAUCAGUCGACGAUGAAGUUGAGUCACCGCACAAAAAGUUACCAGAAGAAACCAAUCAUAAAGGAGCCGAGAACACUAAAAACGUCAACGAAGUUGUCAAAACAAACGGCAGUGAAAAAUUGAAGCCAGAAAAGUCUAAAGAAAACGUACCUAGUAACGGGCCGAUUUCGGUGAACGGUGAAAUUCUGGUGAAAAAGCGUAAAAAAUAUAAAAAGCGUCGAUUAGAAGAAGACGACGGCCCAGUUGACGGGUUAUCCAAACCAAAAAAGAAAGCCAUAACUGUAAAGACUUUAUUGGAAGAGAAACGUGUGGUUGUUGAAAAUGGCGAUACUAGCGUUCCUGUUCCUGCUCCUGCCUCAGUCCCAGCCCCAGUCCCUUCACCCGCUCCGGUUCUCAAACUAGGGGUUGAUAAUGGUCGAAAUUCUAUCAAUGAUGUUAUUGAGUCAGUUGUGAGGAACUCGACUAAAGUUCAUUCGGAAGAUUCUCGAGAUAGUACUUGUUCCAGUUCAGAUGCUAAAUCGAUAGAUUCUAGAACGAGUUACGAUACUGAAAAGGAUAGUCAUCAUGAUGAGAUGGAAGUAACUGAAGCAUCCAGCGCAGCUUGUGGCUUCCCCAACAUUCCUAAAGAACAAAUCAAGUUACCCGAUAAUUUACCAUCCGACGUGCUAGAAUUGAUUUCACAGAUAAAAAACGCUGCUCAGAAUUCUGAUUUAGGAGUGAGAACGUUCUUUAAUCCGUAUAUCAAUUCUAAAUUGUUGAGUCUCGAAAUCAAAGUCAGACCAUUGAUGUCGAGCGCCAGGCACGCUUUGUAUGGUCAUUUAUCCAGUUUUUUACCUUGUUCUAAAGACACUUUAAUGAAACGUGCCAAAAAAUUAUUAAUCGAAGAAGAAGAAAAACAUAUGGCGGAACCAUUUAAAAAACUGAAAGUCAAUAUUGAUAAAGUAAUGCCAGCCUUACUGAACAAUUAUGAUAUAGCGCUACAAAAAGCACUGGAAGAAAAAGUUAGCGAUUCGACCAAAAACGGUGAAGCAGACGAAAAGAAAAUUUCGCCGAAGUUACCUCCAAGGAAAUUUAUAUGGACGGAGGAGACAAGGAGCUGUCUUCGAGAUUUAGUAGCAUGUCGCCAAAAGUGCUUCUGUAUGUUGAAACCGAGAAAAGAAACGUCAGACGAAUAUGUAAGAAAGUUCCUGGAAACUAGAGUAAAAUCAUUAUGGCCUGCUGGGUGGAUGGAUACGCCUACUCUGUUGAAAGAGUCGCAUUCUACUAAUAAUACUACCGCUAAAGCUAAGAAAACGUCUCUGACGCCUCAAAAUACUCCUCCGUCAACAGCAUCGUCUUCAACAAGCACGACAACUGCCACAUCGGCCGCCCCCGCUGUCACCGUAACUCCGACGACGACAGCGAAAAAAUCAGCGCAUUCUUCAGUUCCUAGUAUUAGUAAUAAUUCGAACGCUGCAGCUACCAGCAUAAGCGCCGCGAAUUUCAGCAAUUUGUUAUCUUUGCAAUCGUUAGCGAUGCAGUAUUCUCAGUCAGAUUUGGGUUAUCCGAUAACAACGAGUUCCAGCAUUCCUUACGGGCAUGAUCUCAAUUUAUUAACCGCCGCUGCGGCCGCUGGUUCAAAUCUACCCUUUUCUAUGGAUUUACUGUCUCGUAUCGCAUUCGCUUCUGCGGCUACCUCAUCCGGUCACCAAGCGUAUACCAAGGGUAAAAGCCCGCCGAAAAAGCAAAGUCCAUCGCCCGGAUAUUCGUCUAGUACGCAGCGAUCAACUACACCGCAUUCGAAUUCGGCUUCAUCGACUAAUUCGUUCGCAGAUGCGAAGAAAAAAGAAAAGAUGUCGAACGAAGCUUUGAUGUCGCAGUACGCCGAUAUGAUUAAAAUGGACCCGGCGCUGAACGCUGCCGCUGCUGCUGCAGCUAGUAAAAAUAAAAAAGAGCAUCAUAUGCUGAACCAUAUAUCUCAGUACAAUAAACAUUAUAGUCAUAAAACCGAGAAACGUAAAAAUGCCGGGCAUGAGCGAAAAGAAAGCUUCUCUAAUGUGAAAACGUCGACGGUUAGUACUCAUAAUAAUUCGCCUGCAACCAACGCCAAACCUGCAUCUUGCGAGGUAUUGGAUUUAUCGCCGAAUAAAACCACCAAAAGUGAUGCUAAAAGUGAAACCCCCGUCCAUCCUAAAACUGAACAUCAUCAUCACCAUCAUCAUCAUAAAACUGAAUCCAAAACUAAUACGACUGUUUCAUCGUCUCCGUCUACUGCCAAAGAUCAUAAUUAUUGGUCGAGUUCUGCUAAAAAAGACGACGUGCCUGAAGUAAAAGAAAUCAAACAAGAAAAACCUAUAGUUGUACCUUCGAUUCAGCGUUCUCUUAGUACGCCAGCGGACACUUCACCACCGCAAUCUCUUACACCAAAACCAACCACGCAUAUCAGUAGAAAACAACGUAUUUUGCAAGAAAGCGCAAAAUCAGCUGCUCAAGAAAUAUUCAAAACGUCUGAAUCGUCGAAAUCACAUUCUCACGAGAGUGCUAAAUUAACAGCUCAAUCUUCUGUUAGUUCUAAGGAAUCUACUUACGUUAACGAAUCUCGAGAUCGUUCCAAUCACAAUUCCUCUAAGGAAGAUGGAUUACCCAGUAUUAAAAAUGAGAAAAAAUCGUUUAAUUUAUUAGAAGACAAACAAUUGAUUGAAGAGACUGCCAACGCGACUGAUAUUUUAAGUAAAAUAAUUAAUGAUACGUUGCAGAAUGACACACCGCUACAGCCACAAUUUACAAAUCCUCUGUUCGAUAAUACCAAAAUAAAAAAAGAAAUCAAAUUGGAAGACGCAGAAAUUCAUAUAAACGAUUUCAUUAAGGAAAAGCCAUCUCAGACAUCGACUCCAAUCCGAGAACCACGUCCGUCUGUGGAAAAAUCAUCUUCAUCGACAACCACUGCUGGAAGAAAAACACCGAGUAAUGAUCGAGCUGAAAUCGAAGCAGCCGACGUAAUAAAUGAUCUUCUGGCGUUGAAUCAAAUCGGCGGACGUAGCUCGAUGAAACGAUUGGAUUAUCAAGAUUCGAGGUAUAUGGAUAAUCGGCAUUUACCUGCGGAAAUAAAUUUCACCAACGGUUCGUUGAUGUCUCAGUCUAGUCCUCAUAAUGCUAAUAAUAGUAAAACAUCUUCCAUACCGAGAAUGAAUCUUACCGGUUUUCAAGAUGAAUUUUUGCAGCAUAUAUUCAAAAUGGAUCGCGAUGGUUCUCCGUAUAAUAGUAACUCUGUUCCGCAGGAUAAUUGUUUUACGCCUGAUUUUCCUACGCUAGAAAAUAAGAAGUCGUCUUUCAAUCAUGUUUCAAAAUCUUCUGUUAAACCAGGAAACACAUCAAUUUUUAAUUAUCAGUCUGUGAUUAUGCCUCCUUCGUCUGUCAAAUGGCAUUCAUCAGAAUCAAAAUCUUAGCGGUUUGGAAUUCAAAUGCACUGCCAUCAUUGCAAUCUGUUUUUGUUUCAAUUUCGUGUUUUGUUUUUGUUUUUUUUUUGUACGCCCGCGUUGAAUUAUUUUUCUCAGUGUAUAAUAAUAAAAUUCAAUGUACAUUGAAAGUAUGUAAUUUUGUAGAAUAAACGCGAUUUAUAAAUUUUGUAUUUA